AUGUUAGCAUCCGGUGAAGGCGUCAAGUUAUUCUGGCCCUCACACCUGUGCUCACCCAAGACAAAACAUGGAUUUCUAAUCGGUUGGUACAAUACAACAGGAACAGUAUGCAUUGCCUCGGUUGUAUCUGAUGUCGAGCUGAGGGAACUUCAGGAGCUGCUCAAAGAGUUUUGUGUCUCUGGAGAGCAUUCUGAAUUUACCCACAUCAAUAAGGUGUGCAAUGUGCCUCCCCAAAUUGUUGGUGUACUGGUUCACGAGCAAGAUGACGAUUGUGAUUAUUCGAUUGCAGAUCAAGUUUGGAUAAAAGUAGGAUUGGAUAAAGCUUAUAUACCAGUAUUGCUCUCGCUCAACUCCAAAAACAAGACAUUGGAUUGUGAGACAAAUCAAGUCAUCUUUUACGAGCAACCCAACCCCAAACGACUCCAGUUUUUAGCUUUGAGCCCAUUAGAACUAGAUAUUUCCUCGACAGAAAUGAAUAUACCAUCAAAGCCAAGUAGCAAGAAGCUUUCAGUGGAAGAAACAACAGCGAAAAAUAUGGCGAAGAUUCUGGAUUUUGGGCACUUGCUGAAUGGAGAAUUGACGCCUGUUUCUGACGAUCUCGACAUUGUGCUUGUUCAGAUCAAUUCAUCCUAUUUCCUAGAGCACGGCAUCCAACUUCUCUCCUUACACCACAAGCAAAAGAACGCUGCAAGAUACCCCACCUUGGAUCGAGUGGUACGAUUCAUGCGCACAGCUGCCAAUGAUCUGGUGCGCAUUAUCUUUACCAGCCCCAAGGGAUUCAUCGGCUAUCACAUCAAACAAGUUAUCAUGAAUGUAUCCUUGUGCCUUUUGUUCUUGGUACUUGUGCUGGCAGAAGUAACAUUGCAUUUAUUGAGCGUACGGUUGCCAAAGUUCAUUCUGAAUGGGGUUGCUUUCAAAGAUUUAUUUGCAGCUGGACAACAAGUAGAUUUGAGAUUACAGCAGCUGUUCUUUUGGCCACGACAAUACAUGAUGCUCAGAAAACAAAACUGGGCAAACACAGCAAAAACAAGGGCUUAUUACAUCAGCUUCUAUAACAGCAUGUGGCUCGUAGCGAACGACAUCAUCAUUGGACUCGCCAUCGGUUCGUUUCUGGUUGCCAAUAAUCAAGCCAUGGCAAACAAGUUGCAUCGAAUCUUGCAUGAAUACACGGUUGAAUCACUCCAAUCCAUGAUGCUAUGGUUCCUGGAAUCGCCAGCUGGUCUAAAACUGAAUCACGAGCUGGGCAGCUUUCUCAGUGAGCUGUUUCUCUGGCUCAUUCGACUCUGGACUCUGUGCACUCAAACCAUUGAACCAUUCACUCCUCAGAUUAUUCAUUUAAUUGGAUUGUCUGGUGUAUUUGGCGUUACCAUGAUCAUCUCUCUGUCGUCUGAUUUCCUUGCAUUCAUGACGCUCCAUGUUUACUGCUUCUACAUGGUAGCUGCUCGUAUCUUCAAUUGGCAGUUGGUCAUAUUGAGUUCGCUAUUCAACUUGUUCCGAGGCAAAAAGAGAAAUAUACUGCGAAAUCGUAUCGAUUCCUGCGAUUAUGAUUUAGAUCAGCUGCUGCUGGGAACAAGUCUAUUUACUCUACUCACAUUUCUGUUUCCUACCAUCUUGAUCUACUAUUUGACAUUUGCUUUGGGACGUGUAGGCGUGAUAUUCUUGCAGGCCAUCAUGGAGACCAUAUUAGCUUUCUUUAACCACUUUCCCUUAUUCGCCAUCAUGUUGCGCAUCAAAGACCCUCAUCGACUACCAGGUGGCCUCCAGUUUGAGAUAUUUCAGAAUGACGAAUUUUUACUAGAGCACCAUGGUAUGCUGCAUAGAUUGAAGCAGAUCUGGUUCAAGUUCAAAUCAAAAAAGUCUUUCAGUAGCAGCAACAACAGCAAUUCCUCCUCUGGCUCCUCUUUAGCACCAAAGAAAUUCAAGCGUAAAAAGCAACGCUCUGUCUCAUUUGCAAUCCCAGGAGCUGCGAGUACUGUAUCCAACGCCAAGUCUCAACCUACAACCACGACAACCACUCACCAAAACAAAAGGAGUACACAUUUUGGUAAACGUGGCGCUUACUUGUGGAUGCGUAAUAUGCCUAUUCCACUAGGUGCUAUCUUCUUUCAAUACAUGCUGCUUUGGAAGAGACUGAGUGCUCAUUACUUUUCUGCCUAUGUCUUUAAUUGUUUACUCUAUGGAGAACCUAUCAAGCCUAUACCAAAAUUACAGUAUCCUAUGUUACCAGAUCAAAGGCCAAGUUUGUCUGCCUUGUGGAAAACACUCAAAGUCAAUUUGUGGGAUCCAAGGCCCAAGAAAGACUAG